ACCUUCCACCUCCUUGCUCAACUAUGAAGACAUGGCUGCUUUUCAUGGUCUACCUUCUCACUCAUGCCCUCUUUUUUCACACAUCUAGCUCCUCUCAAUCCACCAACAACCAAAGUAGCAACUACGGCAUCGAUCUCUGUGUGCUCCUAUCAUUCAGAUCCUUCAUAACCAGUGAUCCUAAAUAGGCACUGUCCUCUUGGUCUUGGGAUCAUGUCGGCAACGGCACAAGCAUAGCACCAUUGCCUGAUUACUGCAAGUGGAUGGGUGUCGCCUGCAGCAACCGCCGGCACCCAGGCCAUGUCACUGCCAUACGUCUGCAGGGCUUGGGACUCGUCGGCACCAUCUGCCCGCAGCUCGGUAAUCUGACCCGCCUCCACACCCUCAGUCUUUCAUCCAACAACUUAGAAGGUAAGAUCCCGGGUAGCCUCAGUGGUUUUAUAUCGCUUCGUGCCUUGGAUGUGAGGAUGAACUACCUUUUUGGCUCCAUGCCUGCUUCUUUGGGUCUCCUAUCAAAGCUCACAUCACGCAGCGUUAGCCAUAACAAUCUGACUAGUGAUAUUCCAAUGUCAUUCUCGAACCUCACAGCCCUCACUAACCUUAGCAUGAGUAGCAACCACUUCCAUGGCCAAAUCCCGAGCUGGCCCGACAACCUGACAUCACUGACACACUUAUAAUUAGGCCAGAAUGGUUUCAGUGGUCAUAUCUCUCCGGCUCUCGGUAACAUGGCUAAUCUUGUUACAUUCGACAUCAGGGCUAACAAACUGGAAGGCCUUUUUCCCAUGUCCAUGUUCAAUAUUUCUUCCAUCACAUACUUCAGCAUCGGCUUCAACCGGUUCUCGUGAUCUCUUCCUCUUGAUAUUGGCUUUAAGCUUUCCAAGCUAAAUCUUUUGGCCACACAUGGGAACCAAUUCGUAGGAUGAAUACCAUCUUCCUUGUCAAAUGCAUCUGCACUUGAAUAUUUAUUUCUUCACGAAAAUAAGCAUCAUGGUCCUAUUCCACGGGACAUUGGCAUCCAUGGUCAUUUCCGGAAAUUUUCGUUAGGACACAAUUUGCUUCAAACCACAGAGCCUAGGGAUUGGGAUUUCCUCACAUCAUUGACAAACUGUAGCAACCUGGAAAUACUAGACCUUGAACAAAACAACCUUGAAGGUGUUAUGCCACUUACCAUUGCUAAUCUAUCUACAAAGCUCGACUGGAUUACAAUAGGUAGAAACAAAAUAACUGGGACCAUACCUGCAGGGCUAGGAAAGUAUAAAAAACUUACAAAGUUUAACAUCGCAAAUAGCCUUUUCACAGGCACCUUGCCUCUAGAUAUUUGCCAGAUUCCUAGCCUACAGUAUCUCGAUCUAUCCCAUAAUAGAUUCUAUGGGAAGAUUCCACAAUCAUUAGGCAAUAUCACGCAAUUGAACAACCUCUCUCUUUCUAAUAACUUUCUGGACGGCAUCAUUCCAUCGAGCAUUGGAAAUCUCACAAAACUUAUAUCUCUGGAUCUUUCCGGUAACUCAUUGAGGGGGGAAAUCCCAUAUGAGAUACUUAGUAUUACCUCUCCGACCUUACUUCUCAACCUCUCCAGCAAUGCUCUUAGUGGCUCCAUUCCAACACAUAUAGGAAAGUUGAACAACCUUGUUACAAUCGACUUAUCAAUGAACAAGCUCUCUAGUGAAAUCCCAGAUGCUCUCGGCAGUUGCGUCCAACUGAAUUUCCUUUAUUUGCAAGGAAAUCUUUUGCAUGGGCAAAUACCAAAAGAUUUUUCUUCUAUAAGAGGCCUUGUAAAGUUGGAUCUUUCCAACAAUAAUUUAGUAGGACCCAUACCUGAGUUCCUCCAGAGUUAUGAGCUGCUAACGUAUCUAAACCUCUCUUUCAACAACCUAUCUGGUCCUGUGCCAAAUACAUGGAUCUUCUGCAAUUCCACUUUAAUGUUGCUCCCUGGUAAUAGCAUGCUAUGCGGACGUCCCCCAUCACUGAAACUGUCUUCAUGUCCAUAUAUACGUUCUAACCAGGCUUCACAGCAUCGACGUCGGGUCAUACUCUUUUGCAUGGUUGGAACUUUGGUCUUAUCCAUGUGCUCCCUAACUGCAUGCUACUUGAUGAAGCCAAGAAUCAAACCAAACAUUUUUGAUCAAGAAACCAGAUUUCACCAUGAGAGGAUAUCCUAUGCUGAGAUAGAUGCAGCAAUGGAAUCAUUCUCACCGGAAAAUUUCAUUGGUUCUGGAAGUUCUGGCAAUGUGUACGUUGGAACUCUAAAUCUUGAUGAGAGUUUAUAUACUGUAGCAAUCAAGGUUCUCAAUCUUGGCAAACGAGGAGCUAAUAGAAGCUUCUUGAGAGAGUGUGAGGCCCUAAGGAAGAUUCGACACCGGAAACUUGUCAAAGUGAUCACUGUGUGUAGCAGUUUGGACCAUAAUGGUGAUGAGUUCAAGGCACUUGUCUUAGAGUUUAUCUGCAACGGAAAUUUAGAUGAGUGGCUGCAUCCAAACUCCAUGACUAACAACAGGAACUUUAGAAGGCUAAGUUUGAUGGAAAGGCUAUGCAUUGCUCUUGAUGUUGCUAAGGCAUUAGAAUAUCUUCACCAUCAAAUUGAGCCAUCCAUAGUUCACUGUGAUAUCAAACCAUGCAACAUCCUUCUAGAUGAUGACUUUGUUGCGCACGUCACCGACUUUGAUCUGGCAAAGAUAAUGCAUACUGAAGAAUGUGAGCAUGGUGGUGGUGGAACUGCAAGCAGCUCAUUUGUGAUUAAAGGCACAAUUGGAUACGUCGCACCAGAGUAUGGCUCGGGAUCUGAACCCUCCACAGAAGGUGACAUAUAUAGCUACGGGGUGUUGCUAUUAAAAAUAUUUACUGGAAGGAGGCCAACCGACAAUUUCAUAGAUGGUGUGAUAAGCCUUGUCAAAUAUGUCAGGGUGGCCUAUCCUGAUAAGCUACUGAAUAUAUUGGAUGCGAGUGCAACCUACAGCGGAGACAUGCAGCGUACUGUAGAUAUGUUCUUGUAUCCUGUGUUUAAGCUUGGCCUAGCUUGCUGCGAGGAUUCCCCAAGGCACAGAAUGAAGAUAAACGACGUAGUCAAGGAAUUGAACACCAUAAAGAGAGCAUGUGAGGCUCAUAUGGCUGUCCAUGAAUUUUGAGCAACCGCUUAAUCUAGGCGAGCAAUGAAGCGUUACGAUCAUCUUUACGGCCCUGCGGUUGCCAGUUGUUAUCCUGUGGCCUGUUUGUGGUCUGGGAAGCCUGUUUGCGGCUUUGGGGUGAUUCUAAAGUCAGCAUUUCCAUUUCUCAUACAUUAUUAUAUGUUUUUCCAGUAUACAUGUAUUUGUUUCUAUAAUAUGGAGUAUCCAUUCUCCCUGAAGUUGUAUUGUCUUUA